AUGCCAAGUGCCGACACCAGCGGACCUCGCAAAACAGAAGAAUCAGUGUGGGCACGGGAUCUUAGAGAGACCUACUUCAGUGCCCUAAGGGCUAAAGGUGUAGGCAUAAAAAGCGCAGGUUGUCCUGCGGGUAAUUAUAACGCUAGCGAACAGAAGAAUGAUCAAAUGAUGAAUCCAAUAAGUGCGACAGAUAUCCAGGUAGGGGACAACACCCUGCCAGAUGAAGACAUUCAAAGUAACUUGCAUGAAAAAAAAAAAAUUUUCUUCGAAGUAUACAAAAAGUACUACUUCAUUGAAAUGACAGAGUAUCACAAAAGCAGGGAGAACUGCACCCACAAUUUUAUUAACUUCCUUGAACGGAUAAGCGACAAAAUGGCCGAGGCCUUAAGGCAUGGCUCCUACAACAUUAAUAAUUUGAAUAGAUUCUUCAAAGAAUUUAUAAAAAAUGAUACCAGCUAUUAUAAUAAAGGCGUUUCCGUGGGAGGUAACACGCGGGUAAAUAAUUUAACCCAAAGUUUUUUAAACAUUGAAAAGGAGGAGUUAGCCAAGGAGGAGUCAGCCAAUGGGCAGUCUACACAUCUGGGCACCAUACAAGGGGAGGAGAAUCCCCUUAACAGUCAAGCGGCGAAGGGUGCAGAAGCAGAUUUGAAGAAGAAAAAGGGAAGCACAGCUUCUACCAUUGUGAGUGAAGGGAAGUCCAAGGGGAAGAAGAACAACAAAAUGGACUCGGAGGAAAAGAAGAAAAAGGGGUCCAAAAAACAAGGGCAAAAGGGGGACGCAACAGAGGGCCUAAAAGGGGGCGAAAAAGACGUAGAAAAAGAGGAAGAAAAUGCCCCUGAUACACCAUUCCUAAAAAAGAACAGUGGGAAAAACGCCUCAAACAAAAUAAACGAAAUGGUAGACAAUGUAAUAAAUAUGAACGGAGAGAUAUGCAAUUUGAAUCACAGCAUUAUAAACGACUGGGUAGAGUACGGCUUUAUGAAUUACAGAAAAAUUAUGAACAGCAUGAAAAUCAGUUGUGAUGUUAUUGAUACAAAAAUAAACCAAAAAAGUUUAAUUAUUUUAAAAGACUGCUACUUGAAGGAACAAGAAAUAUUAAUAGAAGCAAUGAAGAAAAAAAAAAAUGAUUUGCUCAAACAAGUAGAGAUGUGUAAAAUGUAUUGGAAGUAUUUUGAAAAUAGCUAUUCGAAUUCAGAAAAAAUAAGAUCAGAUGGAAUUAAAGAUAGUAAAAAGAUAAAAUGCUCAUGGUUGUGUCAAAGGAAAUAUAUAAAAAAUGUAAAAGAUUUAUUAAAAAUACAAAAUGAAUACCUAGACAUUAUUUAUACCAGCGUCAAAACGUUCUUUCAGUUAAUCCAAUGGAAGAAAAAUACAAUUAAGGAUAUCCUUUGUUCAUACAUUCUUCUAUAUAAACAGUUUUUAAAUUCUUACUUAAAUAAUAUGAAUAUAUUAUAUGAUUCUAUUUUGCUUGAAAAAAAUAUAGACGAAGCUCAGUUCCUGAAUUUAUCCUCUGUGACCAUCGUGGAUGAUGAAGAUUUAAUUAAACCAGUUUCUCCCUUUCAGCUUAAUGAUAAUUGUGAUUCUAUUCCUCAGUUAAACAAGGCAUUAAGCUUAAUAAAAUCUUCCAUUAUCUUUUAUAAUCAUGAAAUUAAUGUGAAGUCCAUACUCUGCAUUUUCUGUUCUAGGAUCAGCGGUUACCUCACCAGUGUAGGAUUCUUCAACAAGUGUGUGGAAGGUGUAAUUGUUAUCACGUGGGAUAAGUUUAUUCACUUUUUUGCAGACGUUGAGGAUGCUACCCCACAAUGGUCCUACUACAUGGAAGACAUCGAGUUUAAGUUAGUCAAGUGUAAGACAGACACUAAAAACAACUCCAUGGAUACGGAAAAGAAGGAAGCCGAUGGCGUCAUUGAUGUGGUGGCGGUUGCAGCGGAUGGGGAGGUCGAGCACAUCUCUACGGCGGAUGUGGCGGCCACAACACCAACACAACCACAAAGUAACAGUUCGAAUCAAACAAAAGGGAAAAAGGGAAAAGAGAAAAUGAGCGGAAAAGGCACGUCGUCUGGGUUCGCCGCAGCAGACACACCGGAAGUACUGUCCGCCACCGCUAAUGGCGCCACCAAAAAUGGAGAUCGUGAUGUAGGUGUAAAUGCCCCGAACAGAGAAUUUUCAAACUACAGCUCCGCCACUCAAUCUACCAUUAAUGAAGAAAAUGAUGUAGAAAUUCAAAUGAAAGAAAAAAAAAAAACACUACUAAUCAGUGGGUGGUCCUUUACCUUCAAAUGCCCAACCGUGUAUCUAACAAAUGUGUGUUACGAAUUGUUAAGUAAUCACCUCUGCUCAAAAUAUUUUGAGGACGAAAAUUCCUUUGCAAAAUUCUCCAACAUUAUUGCAAAUGGGGAGGUAAAAAAUGACCUCCAGUAUAUCGAGGAGAUGGCCUCCUUUUACAAUACCUACAUGGAAGACAUGUCUCAGGAGACCAAGGAUAAGGUCAUCACAAAAAACAAACUUGUGAAAAUGAAGAAUGAAAAUUUUGCAAGAGAGCGCAUGUCCGUGUCGGAUAAAGAUGACCUCGCUGGUUCACAUACAGAGACAUCUCCAAGCAGGGCCAACAAUAUGGAUGAUCAAAAAAAAAAACAAAAUUUUUCACCCGGAAAAUCGUCUGUACGCAUUUCACAAGAGGAAAAAUGA